CGAAAACGACGACAAACCAACCUCAUCACCUCAACACGAACGUCUGCUAGCUAGCUAGCUAAACAGCUCACUCAUCCAUGGCGGACAUACGGUGCGACCAGCGCAAGGUGACACCGCCAAGUCCGUCGUCCCUGAGGAUCUUCGGCUACGACGUGGCCGGCGGCGCCACCAUCGUCACGGAGGUGCCGUCCGCGCCGCCGACGCCGCAGGCGGCGGAUGGGCGGAGGUUCGAGUGCCACUACUGCUGCCGCGAGUUCGCCAACUCGCAGGCGCUGGGCGGCCACCAGAACGCGCACAAGAAGGAGCGGCAGCAGCUGAAGCGCGCGCGGCUGCACGUCGACGCCGGCAUGGGCUACUUCCCGCCGCCGCCGGGGCACGUGAUCGCCGUAGGAGGGCACGCCGGGCCGUCGGCCUACCCGCGUGUCGACCUCCACAGAUGGGUCUACCUCGCACGCCAGCCGACGGUGGGCCUGCCCUUCCAUGCUCUUCCGGCCGAGCCACGCCUCCACGACGCAAGCGACGGUGCCACCAGCACCAGUGCCAGCAGUUUCGCUCGUUUAUACGAGGCGGAUGACGGCACCGAGGAAGCCUCCGCGAUGGGGCUGGACCUCCAUCUCAGCCUUGCUCCGGCCAGUUCAUCGUGAUUCGUCAGUAAAUUGAAUCGUCACCUCGCUAAUUUUACCAUAUGUAACAAGUUGCCAAGUCCCAUCUCCCAAAGCUUAUGAUCAUGUCGCUUCUUUCC